UUGUGGUACUCGUGGUUUUUUGGUCAUAAAAAUAUUUUUGUUUUGUAAAUAAAAUUAAUAUAAAGUUUUGAAAGGUAAAGUAAGCAUGAAUGGUCAUAUGAAAAGAGUAAAUGGAAUUAGGGAAGGAACUACUGAUAAUAAAGAAAACGGAAAGCUUAAAAGAAGGUAUAAAAAGAGAAAAUCAUCAAAAAAUGAUCAAUCGGAUAUCUAUGAAGUGGAAUGCAUAAUUUCUCAUUCAGAAAACAAUGGUCAGAUUGACAGUUAUUUAGUUAAAUGGGCAGGUUGGGAUUCAUGCUAUAACACUUGGGAACCCUCAGAGAAUGUAAAGGGGUGUUACGAGGUGUUAGCAAAGUAUUUUCAAAAAUUGAUUUUUCCUGAUUUAAAGACUUAUCCUCCUACUAAGAGUCGUGCCAUGGCACUCAAAACAUUUCUGAGCUCACACACCCAAGAAGAACUGAACAAUCUUGCCAGGAUAUAUUUGACACCAACCGGACAUAAAUUACCUGAUAUCAAUGUUGAGGAGUUAGACGACAAUAUUGAAAUUCUUGCCCAAAUCCCACCGCAAGCCAGAGAUGACAGUUUUGUCAAUACUAUUAAAAAACAAUUGCUAAUGCUGAAAUUAAAGGAUGAGAGGACUAAACAGUUGGAAAUGUUACAGCAAUGGGAAUCUGACAUAAACAUUACAAGCAAAGACCCAGCACCAAUCAGGGUCAUUAAUUGUAUCGAUUUAGAAGGCCCUCCUCCCAAUUUUACAUACAUUAAUAAAUAUAUUGCUGGUUAUGGGAUAGUUAUCCCUAACGAUCCUCCUGUUGGUUGUGACUGCAAUCAAUGUGGAAAGAACUGUUGUUGUAUUAAAGAGGUCAAUGCAGCCUACACCAAAGAUGGUCUGAUCAAAGUCCAAAAAGGUACUCCAAUUUACGAAUGCAACAAGCGAUGCACAUGUCCUCCUUCCUGUAAAAAUCGAGUAGUUCAGCGCGGACGUACAAUUCCUGUCGUUAUUUUUAAAACAAGCAAUGGUUGUGGCUGGGGUGUAAAGACUCAGAAAAACAUCAAGAAAGGGGAGUUUGUUGUAGAGUAUGUUGGGGAAGUGAUUACUAGUGAAGAAGCUGAUCGUAGGGGGAAAAUUUAUGACAAAAUUGGUUUGACGUACUUGUUUGAUUUGGAUUUCAAUGAUAAGAAAAAUUUCCCUUAUACUGUCGAUGCUGCUCUAUUUGGAAACAUUUCUCAUUUUAUAAAUCAUUCUUGCAACCCUAACCUUGCAGUUUAUGCAAUUUGGGUCGAUUGUCUCGAUCCUAAUUUGCCCAGGUUGGGUUUAUUUGCCAUUAGGGAUAUCGCGGAAAAUGAAGAAUUGACAUUUGAUUAUUUAUGCCUUCCUAAUGGCAAAGAAAAUUUGGGCACAGGAUUUACUCAUUGCAAAUGUGGAGAACACAAUUGUCGGAAAUUUUUGUUUUGAUUUGUUGACUAUUCCAAUAUUUGAUAUUAUUCUAACAGUUAUAUUUAUGAAUAUUUUCCCCUUAUUUGGUUGUAAUUUUAGUAAAAUGUCUGCAACAUUAAGGAAAUUAGAAUGGUUUUAAAAUUAAAUUUACCUAAAAAUUGUUUUAUCACUUUUGCAGUUAUUGUAACUAAGUUGAACAAAAUUGUUUUGCCAGUCAAAAGAUAACUAUUAUAUUAUGUUUGUUAAAUACAAUAAUUUUUUAUCUGUGUCAUAUUGGCUUUAAUUUUGAUAUUUCUAUAACUAUUUGUACACCCAAAUGAAAUAAAGAUUUUUUAAUAUUUA